AUGGACCGUGCGUUCGUGCUCGCGCUGCUGCCCUGCUAUGCGUUCGCCGCCCCGGCGUCAGACGCCGUCCCCAAGCUGCCCGGCUGGGACAAGCCGCUGCCGAGCAAGGUCUACAGCGGUUUCGUCGACGUCUCCGCCGCCAUGGGCAUGGACAUGAAGGUCCACUACCUCUACCACGAGAGCGAGGGCGACCCGGCCAAGGACCCGACCAUCCUGUGGACGAACGGCGGCCCCGGCGCGUCGUCGAUGUUCGGCGUCUUCGUCGAGCUCGGGCCGCUCGUGCUCGACGAGCGGUCCACGCGGACGGCGGCCUUCGAGAAGACGGGCGUGCCGAGCCUCUUCUACAACGAGUACGGCUGGACGCAGCUCGGCAGCGUGCUCAUGUUCGACUGGCCGCCGCCCGUCGGCUUCAGCCAGUGCGGCGACGACCCGGCGGGCGACGGGAACGCGUGCGGCGACUGGGACGACGAGCGCAUGGCGCGGGCGUCCUACGCGGCGCUCAAGGGCUGGUUCGACCUCUUCCCCGAGCGCCGCGGCAACGACCUGUACCUGACGGGAGAAAGCUAUGCGGGCAUCGCUACCGGCCUCGUCGAGAGGAUCCUCGACGACGACGCGCCGACGGUGCGCCCGCAGCUCAAGGGCUUCGCCGUCGGCGACGGCUGCGCGGGCACGGAGGUGCUCUGCGGGCCAGUUCACGUGCCCUGGUACAAGGUCAUCUUCUUCUACGGCCACGGCCAGGUGUCGAACCUGCUCUUUGAUGACAUCAUGGACACGUGCGGCAUGGCCUACCUGCGCCGGGGCGGCGCGGCGCCGCCGGGCUGCCAGCUCCUGCUCGACGAGAUCGACACGCAAGUCGGCGGCUACUUCGAGUACGACCUCUACGACGACUGCAUCUACCAAGAAGGGCUUCGGCGGCGCCUCGACGCGGCGCCGGCGCUCGGCGGCGCGGUCAACGACUACUACUGCGGCGGCGGCGACGCGCAGACGCUCUGGGUCAACGCGUCGUCCGUGCGCGACGCGCUCCACGUGCCCCGCGCCGCGAACUUCUUCAACGGCGACAACGGCGUCGGCAUGAACUACAGCUCGACGGAGGCGAACGUCCUGCCCAUCUACCGGCGCGCGGCGGCCGCGGGUUUGCGGAGCCUCGUCUACAACGGCGACGCGGACCCGGGCAUCAACUCCUUCGUCGCCCAGGACUGGACGGCGCGCCUCGGCUACGCGACGACGCAGACCUGGCGGCCCUGGACGCUCGACGGCUGCAAGCGCAUGGGCGGCUACGUGACGCGCUACGAGCAGCACUUCGACUUCCUCACGAUCCGCGGCUCUGGCCACAUGGUGCCCCAGUUCAAGCCCGCCGCGGCGCUCGAGUUCCUCCGCGCAUGGCUCGACGACGCGGACUACCUCCCCUACGACGCGUCCUGCACUGCGCCGCCGAAGCUCCGCGCGUGA